AUGCAGGAGAGUAUAGCUUAUUCAGGGGUGUCCAGAAGUGUAGACUAUGCUGCGGGAGAUUCCCGGAAGUUCCGGGAGAGGUGGGAUGUUUGGCAUGUUGCCCCUCUCCAUGCAGUUCAUGUCGAUUGCGACAGGUUACGCAGCCGGCCCUCUCCAAAUGCACUUAAAGCGCUCCGUGUUGACACGUCUCUUUCUAAGGAUUUUGGUCCUAUAGAUCUUGGUGCCAUGGUGGAACACGGCGGACUGGAUAUUAUGUGCUUAAACAAGUACUGCAACAGCUCAUCCUCGUCUUCCAAGUCAGACAGGGAGAAGACAUUUUUUAAAAAGUUGAAAGUCAGUCUCACUGAAAAUUACCCCCAGAAAAACGCAGAGGUCCUGAGUGCUCAGUACGGUACUCAUCUGCUGCUGAUUGGGGCGUCGUUAAUGCUUGCCCUCGCUAACCGUGGGCCAUUCGUUAAAGAGGAGCACCUGCUGUCUUUCAUCACCACCCUCAUGAUUUUGCAGCUUUUAUGGAUGCUCUGGUACAUUGUGCGCAAGGACAGGCAGAGGAGUCUGGUAUCAGAGAAAGAUGCACAUGCUGGAACCAGUUGGAUAAGAGGUGGAUUGACACUACUUGCUCUGCUGUCAUUGAUUAUGGAUGCUUUCCGCAUCGGCUACUUUGUGGGAUAUCAAUCGUGCGUAUCCGCUGUGAUCGUCGUAUAUCCCAUCAUCCACGCAGUCCACACAAUAUCUCAGGUGCAUUUUCUGUGGUUUCACAUCAAGGAUGUCAUCAACAGAUACAAGACAUUUGAAAGAUUUGGCGUGAUUCACGCCGUCUUCACCAACCUGCUGCUGUGGUGCAAUGGAGUGAUGUCAGAGGCUGAGCACUUCAUGAACAAUCACAAGAGAAGACUCUCGUCCCUGGGCUUCGACAACCACUCCAUAGGGGAAUUUGAGCCUGACUGCAACUGCACCACGAGUGCCUGCACCAUGUUCUCCAGUAGUGUCUACUACCUGUACCCCUUCAAUAUCGAGUACCACAUCUUUGUCUCGGCCAUGCUCUUUGUCAUGUGGAAGAACAUCGGCCGCACCAUCGACCUCCAGGCCAACCGCAAGAAGCCCACCACCAGGACCACCGGCCUCAUCGUCGGACCCAUCCUGGGCCUGGUGGCCCUGGCCAGCACCAUCGGCAUCCUGGUGGUGUACAUCAUUCACGUGGAGAAGUCGCCGGAGAUGCGCGAGACGGCCAUUGUGAUGUUCUACUGUUUUGGCAUCGUCAUGCUGGCGUUCAUGUGCGCGGCCGGGGGCACGGGCCUCCUCAUCUACCGGGCCGAGGGCCUGCCUAUGGACACCUCCAAGAACCCGUCACGGCAGCUGGACGCCGAGGUCCUGUUGGGCUCGUCGGUGGGCUCGUGGCUCAUGUCGUGGUGCAGCGUGGUGGCGGUGACGGCCACGCAAAGCAACCCGCAGUACCGCUGGUGCAGCCUGGUGUACUCGCUGCUCGUGGUGCUGGAGAAGUACGUGCAGAACCUCUUCAUCGUCGAGUCGCUGUACCGCAAGAGGGCCGAGGCUGGCGAGGUGUGCGAGGAGCACGAGGUGGCCACCGGCGGCACCACAGCCACGCCCGAGAUGUUCUCGGUGGCCGCCUCCAUGGGGCCGCCGUACGACGGCAUCAUCAACCGGGCCUACGACAGCCAGGACAAGUGCUGCGGCGCGCUGGAGAGCGAGCAGGUGGAGAACGGACAGGUGUACGGCUGCGCCAGGAAACACACGGAGGUGCCACUGCCCAUGGGGCCGGGCCUGGAGGACAAGGGCAAAAAGAAGAGGCAGAUCCUCAAGAACAUCGCCGUCUUCCUCUUCAUGUGCAACAUCUCACUAUGGAUCCUCCCUGCCUUCGGCUGUCGCCCUCAGUAUGACAACGGACUGGAGCAGGAGACCUUUGGUUUCGCCAUAUGGACCACAGUCCUCAACUUUGCCAUUCCCUUGAACCUCUUCUACAGGAUGCACUGUGUCGCUUCACUCUUUGAAGUGUUCAGGAAGGUCUGAGGCAAGAUAUUACAAGAUGGUAUAUUUUACUUAUUACGGAGAGGCUCAGUGUAUCAAGUUCUCGUGUUACAAAUCAGGAUGAGCUGUGUUUUAGAAGUCAACAUACCUGGUGCUCGGCAUCAUAUAAUUCAAUUGAAUUUUAAUUUAAAGAUUUGUACUGUUUUGUUAAACCUGCAUGUAGAAUGCAUUCAUCUUAAUAAGGAGAUGAAUUCGCUGGACAUGAGCCAUGUAAGCUCAUUGCAAUAGAGGGUUGGUAUCUUGGACGCUUAUCAGAGAGUGUAGAGCCUUAGUUAAACAGUUUCUCAUUCAUUCUAGUUAUGUCAACAGUGGUGUAUGGGUCAUUACUUGAACUUCAUCUGGUACUUUUCCUGAAGUUGCCAAACAACUUCUUUCCAUUACAAGCUUUUUACAGAGUGCAAAAGCAUAUUAAAAUGUGUACAGAUGAUAGAACACAGCGAAUACAGUUAAAGAUUCAAAGCAGUUGUUUUAGUUCUUUCUUAAUGUACAAAAUGUAUCUAAUAAUAUGGAUUACGUUCUCAUUUUUAGACUCUCAUUUAAGAAUUUACCACUUACCAAAAAUAUACCACUGGCCCUCUGGUCAUUUGUUAACAUGUGAUUUUACCGGUAAUUGCAUUUCAAGCUUGUGUCUUAGUUUUUACCCCCAUAACAAAUCACAUGCGCCAUUUUCCUAAGUAGGCAGCCCAAAGAAGUGUUUUUAUAUUUAUUCGACAUCUCCAAAAAGCAGUCCUCUCUAAAUUAUCACCCAAAAGGCUCUUUGUGCUCAAGAGUGGCCCUUCACUUGGAAACAUCUUCUGCUGCCUCUUCUCCCCUCUAAUUAAAAAGGUCUUGUGACAAGUGGUUUUGCACACAAACGAAUAAGGAGCACCUUGAAUUAACAAUGUGAUAGCAAAGUGUGUUUUCCUCUGGACUUGGUAGCUUGUGCAUUGAGGACUCUAGGGAAGUGUAGAAUUUGUUAAGUCAUCGUUGUGUUUUGAGACAUUUUUGGGACAAGAGACUUAAUGUGGUUUGUUUCAGUGUGCCGCAUCCUACAUUCAGACGGUACCUUAUGCGCCAGUUAUGUGUAGUACUUCUUCUGAGCAAUGCACAGUACGGAGCAUUGCUGAAGAGGAGUCAGAAAGUUUGCAAAUGUUUUUUCCACUGUGCUGUGUUUUUUGUCCAGGACUGACAUUUGUCAUUAAUGAGACUUCUGUAAUUAUUAAGCAAUGGCAAUGGCUGCCUUUUGAAGGUUACUAAACUAAAGGUUUUUACCUACACCAUUGUUUUUAUAGAAUUGAUUUACCAGACCAACAUUAUUUACUGGACCAUCACAAAGGCCAUGGGUCAACCAUUUCUUUUAAAGUUCAAACGCUGCCAUAGGAAUCAGGUUCUCAAGGCCGAACUAGAAUGUUCUACUAGAAUGUUCUCACUUUCCUUGGCAGAAUUUGCACAGCUCAGAAAUUCAUUUUCAGGAGCUUUGUAUGUGCAUUAGGUUGCAGAUGUUUGACUGUGUGUGAGUGUCUGAAAAGACAAGCGCAGUGUUUAUCAGUCAGAAGAUAUUAGUGAAAAGGGAAAACUGACCAACUAAAAAAACAUUUGGGUGCUAUUGUGCAGUUUAAACAUCACCACAGAACUACCUAGCACUUGCCAUGAGUGAAUAUUUGUCCAUGUAUCGCAGGUAGUAACCACUGUCAGACACCCUUGAGAAAUCUUUGUGUGUGACAAUGUAAGCUGUGUUCAGCAUACAUGACAGAUUUUGUGAGCUGAUGUUAUCUUGAGAAUAUCAUGUGCCUUCUACUUGCCUGUUUGUUCAGGCAUUCUAAAAUAUUUUGUCAUCUUGGUUGUGUGCUUGGUUUUCUUGGUUUCUACUUUGUACAAAAACCACAUGACCAAUAAUACAAAUAAAAAAAUUAAAAUUAAAAUAUGUGUCAAUCUUGGAAGAGGAAAUGAUGGAAUAUGAAAAUGUAUAUCAUGUACCAGCCAAAGAAGACAGUGACAGUGACAGUUUUUCUUCAGAUUUUCCUCUGAAUUUCAUAUUAAUUAGUGUCUAGUCUUAGAGAACAGUGUUAAGCUGUAAUGUUUUUGUAGUCUUGUCUUUCUAUGUUUACUGUACAGUAGCACAAAUUAAGUCAUUAAACGCACAAAACGGGAUACGAAAGUUGUUAAUUGUACCUGUAUUAAAUGUCUUUACUUGUAUAUUAUGUUUUUUAUUUUCUCUGCUCCUUUACCCUGAAUCUACAUAGACCAAAUAUACCGUCCUGUGAGGUUUCUUCCAUGGGUUCUGUAAGAAUCAGUUGUUGCACCAACUGAUCAAUAUAAUGACCACUAGAUGGUAAUAGAGGCUUUCUUUUUCUUUUCUGAGCCGAAGGGUGUGGGAUCGUGAAUUGGCUUUCAGCAGAUUAUUGCACUGUUCGGGUGAUCUGAACUUUGAAUCCAGUGGAAGGCUUUGAUAAACAAAUAAAUACACCGCCUGAUGAACGAAUAAACAAAUAAAUACAUCGCCUGAAUGACCCUUAGCCAGUAACGUUCCUCAACAUGCCUAUAGAAUUCAUCUGUAGCGCAAGUUCAAACUGCGUUUUGACGGCUAUCCGACAUUUCUAAAGAAAAAAAGAAAACACAAACAAA